AUGGGAAGCUCUGACAAAGACGAGGCCCUUGGCGUCGCCGUCCAUGUCGGCGAUGAGGAGAACAUCAAGACUGAGCAUGACGAGCAUACAUUGCCCAAGCCUGACAGCAUCGCGACCUUGAACGACGAAGAGCUCAAUUUACUCAAGAAACGAAUGGUUCGCAAGAUGGACCUUGUCAUCAUGCCUAUUAUGGGUAUUCUGUACAUUCUCAACUACGUUGAUAGAUCGGCCCUCGCAGCUACAAAGGUUUACGGAAUCAUGGAGGAUCUUGGCAUGGACACUGCUCAGUUCGCCACUGCCAUUUCAAUUCUUUUCGUCGGUUAUAUUCCUUUCCAAAUCCCCUCCAACCUGAUCAUGACCAAGAUUACACGUCCUGGAUUCUAUAUUUGCUCUGCUGCUGUUAUCUGGGGAGCAGUGAGUUCCUGUACGGCAGCUGUCAAAACAUACCAGCAAUUGCUCGUUGUUCGCGUGUUCUUGGGUGUGACGGAGGCCGUCUUCUUCCCGGGAGUCAUUUAUUUCCUCAGCGCAUGGUACACCAAGCACGAGCUGGGUAAGCGACUGGCAGCCCUCUUCAUGUUCCAGAUGGUCGGAAGUGCCUUCGGAGGCUUUGUCGCUGCCGGCUGUCUCACCUUGGACGGCCGUUAUGGCAUUGCCGGCUGGCGUUGGCUGUUCAUCGUUGAAGGCGUCGUCACAAUUGGCUGCGGUCUCAUCUUUGCUUGCUUUAUGCCAGAAUACCCCCACAAUGCUCGCCUACUAAAACCUGAGGAGCGCGAUUUCGCCGUCUGGAGACUCGAAUGUGAAGCCGGAGCAGGAGAGGCCCAUGAAGAGACUACUGCCAUGGGUGGCUUCAAGCUCGCUCUCCUGGAUCCCAAGGUUUGGGCUCUUGUCUGGUGUAUGCACAUGUCCCAGGCUAUGGGUUCGACUGUCAACUUCUUCCCUUCCAUUGUCCAGACCUUGGGCUAUGACAAGACCAACACGAUGCUCCUCACUGCGCCUCCCUUCAUCCUGGCUGCUAUCGUCUUCUAUAUCAUUUCAUACAUUAGUGAUCGCAAAGAUGCGAUGUAUGUCAUCAUCAUCUCGUGUCUUGGAGUUGGCUGCGUGGCCUAUAUUAUCCCCUUGGCAACUGUCCAGACUGCUGCUCGAUACGUGUCCAUGAUGCUUAUGCCAGCCGCAGCAGCUGGCCCCCAAAUCAUGCUAUACAAGACCCUGAAUCUCCAUAUGGCACGUCCAUUCAGUAAAAGAUCCGUUGGUACCGCCAUGAUCAACUCCAUCGGAGGUCUUUCCAACAUCUGGGCCAGCUAUCUCUACUUUGGUCCUCCCCAGUAUACUGCGGCUUUCGCUUGCGUUCUCGGCUGUGCCGUCUCCUUCUUCCUUACCAUCACCACCUACAGAUGGCAUGUGAGGAAGCUUAACCGCCUUCUUGGAGGUACUGAGGAGGAGCAACGCCGCGUCAUGAAGAAGGGCGUGACCCAGCAGCAAGUCGAUCUUGGAUGGCGAUACAUUGGCUACUAA